ACUAUGGAGCUGGAGCAGCAUUACAACUACAGAGUGCAUACAGCCUAAUUUCUCCAUUGAACCUUACAUGGCCUGUCAGCACCUACCUUAUCACUGAGGAGCCUACCGCUAGAGAAUACUUUGAAAACUCCAUUGUGUUGUGCUGCAGCCUUACUAGCAGAAAAGAGUCUGCCUGGAGUUGGGAGUGCAGAAGGAUGACCCGCCGAGUGCCAGCCACCCCCACCUGAGGGCACCCAGGAAAAUCUUUAACAUUAGCUCCCUCUAUGGUCCCAGGGCAUCGCCUUUUGGAAAGGCAGGAGCUGAAGUUGCACCAUAGGGGAUACUAACACAUUGAGGGGGGAGCUGUUACAGCAGACCUCCACAUGUCCAAGAGCAUUACAACAAAAGGAGAGAUAGUUAUGCUACAUCCUAGAAUAUCUUUGAGGCGUUAACACUGCAUUAGGAGGGCAGUUACAGUGGAUCCCUCAUGCCUGGAUGACAGUCUCCGAUGAGAAGGGGCACAUUAAACUAGACCAUUGCACAGCUGGGACUGUUGGCAAGAUGCCUGUGGAGUUGGACCAUUCCUCUGCCAUUCACUAUUCUGCAUGAAGGGCCGUUGUCUACAGAAAGAACUCCAGACCAAGGCAUGUGGCAAUUUCCCCAACGCUGAAGUGUUCCCCUCUUCCUGCCUCCUAUAGCUGCUGCUUAUUUGCCAACUUUUCCUGCUCUGUGCUUAGGUCUCCAGCUAAAUAUUAGAUUGAUCUCCAGCACUCCGGGUUGUGAAAAGUUGGAGACAUAGCUAGGUCGACGGAAGAAUUCUUUCAUCAGCCUAGUUCCUGGCUCUCAGAGAGGUGGAUGGACCGAAAACCCCCUUCCAUCAACGUAGGAGGCAUCUAUACUACAGCGGCACAGGGGCACUGCCAGAGCUAUGUAGUACCCUCAGGAUCUAUUCUUUAAGGGUCGUGAAGGAAGAAAUCUCGGAUGAUAAUGCCAAGCUUCCCUGUUUCAAUGGCCGGGUGGUGUCCUGGCUGGUGUCUGCGGAGGGGUCACACUCAGAUGGGGGGUCUGUCUGUGCCGAUAACCAGCCGGAGCUGCCGCCCUCCAUGGAGCGUACUGGGGGCAUUGGGGACUCCAGGCCUCCCUCCUUCCACCCCAACACCGGGGGGAGUCGGGAGAACCUGGAUAAUGAGACGGAGACUGAUUCAGUGGUUUCAUCGCAGAGGGAGAGACCUCGCCGGAAAGACGGGCCUGAGCAUGCACCCAGAGUGAAUGGGACGGCAAAAGGAGACCGGCGCCGAGACCUAGGUGGGUACGAGAGCUCUUCCACUCUCAUGAGCAGCGAAUUGGAGACCACCAGCUUCUUCGACUCAGAUGAGGAUGACUCCACUAGCAGGUUUAGCAGCUCGACAGAGCAGAGCAGUGCCUCCCGCCUGAUGAGAAGGCACAAGCGACGCCGGCGGAAACAGAAGGCCCCACGCAUCGAGCGGUCAUCGUCCUUCAGCAGCAUCACGGACUCAACUAUGUCUCUGAACAUCAUCACAGUCACUCUAAACAUGGAGAAGUACAACUUCUUGGGCAUCUCCAUUGUGGGACAGAGCAACGAGCGGGGGGACGGUGGCAUCUAUAUCGGUUCCAUCAUGAAGGGGGGCGCAGUAGCGGCCGAUGGCAGGAUCGAGCCGGGAGACAUGCUCUUGCAGGUGAACGAUAUCAACUUUGAGAACAUGAGCAAUGAUGAUGCUGUGCGCGUGCUGAGGGAGAUCGUGCACAAGCCGGGGCCAAUUACCCUGACUGUGGCCAAGUGCUGGGACCCCAGCCCCAGGGGCUGCUUCUCGUUACCCCGGAUUGCUCCCCAGCGGAUCUGGGCUGGGCCAGACUCUCCAUGCUCCGAUCCGGGUGAGCCCAUCCGACCAAUCGACCCUGCAGCCUGGGUUUCCCACACGGCAGCGAUGACUGGCACCUACCCGGCGUACGGUAUGAGCCCAUCCAUGAGCACAAUCACUUCCACCAGCUCCUCCAUCACCAGCUCCAUCCCAGAGACCGAACGCCUCGAUGACUUUCACCUGUCCAUCCACAGCGACAUGGCCACCAUCGUCAAAGCCAUGGCCUCCCCCGAGUCGGGUCUGGAGGUGCGCGACCGCAUGUGGCUGAAGAUCACCAUCCCCAAUGCCUUCAUCGGUUCAGAUGUGGUGGAUUGGCUUUAUCACCACGUGGAAGGUUUUACAGACCGGCGAGAAUCCCGCAAGUACGCCAGCAACCUGCUGAAAGCUGGCUACAUCCGACACACUGUGAACAAGAUCACCUUCUCAGAGCAGUGCUACUACAUCUUUGGAGACCUCUGCGGCAACAUGGCUAACCUGUCCCUGCAUGAUCAUGACGGAUCCAGCGGAGCCUCAGAUCAGGAUACGUUGGCUCCGCUUCCCCACCCAGGAGCUGCACCGUGGCCCAUGGCUUUCCCAUAUCAAUACCCACCACCUCAUCCAUACAACCCGCACCCAGGAUUCCCUGAUCCAGGCUACAGCUAUGGUGGGGGCAGUGCAGGCAGCCAGCACAGUGAAGGGAGUCGGAGCAGCGGUUCAAACCGCAGCGGCAGCGAGAGGAGAAAGGAGAGAGACCCGAAGGCCGGCGAAUCCAAGUCGGGCGGCAGUGGCAGUGAGUCGGACCAUACCACCCGGAGCAGUAUGCGGCGGGAGCGGGCGGCCAGCGAGCGCUCGGUGCCAGCCAGCCAGCGCAGCCAGCACUCCCUGACUCACAGCAUCCGCAGCCACCACAGCCAGCAGUCUUACGGGCCGCCCGGCCUGCCGCCCCUCUACAGCCCGCCCAUGCUGCUGAUGCCUCCACCGCCUUCUGCUAUGGGGCCCCCAGGGGCCCCGCCGGGCCGUGACCUGGCCUCUGUGCCCCCUGAACUGACAGCCAGUAGACAGUCGUUCCGAAUGGCCAUGGGCAAUCCCACAAAGAAUUACGGGGUGUUUGACUUCCUCUGAGCUUGCCGCCCGCAGGGGUGAGAGCUGGAGCAUGGCAUAGCAGCUUGGCCCAACAGAGGAGGACAUGAAGCCCCAAGGGUGCUGGGCACAUACGGUGCUGAAGAUGGCUUCUUUCCCACUAGCUGAAGACGCCCCCCCCCCGGUCCUCUCCACAGCCCUGAGAGGGGAACAGGGCCCAACUCCAGCCUUUUGUGUGUUCAGAUCAAUAAAUGUAGCCAUUGAAUGUGCCAGGGCUUCAGUGCCUCUGGGGAGUGGAGAAGAUGAGGCCCCAUCUGGGAGUGUACCACUCCCUGUUCCCCCAUCCCACCACAAUAUGCUCAGGCUUGGGCCAGGGUCCGUUACUCUCUGUACAGUAUUAAAGCCAGUGUACCCCUGUAGCAAGGCCCCACUUGGGUUCGGAGGCAGUACACUAAUGAGGCUCUAUUCCUGACUGAGUGCUGUUGGGUCAGUAACUCCCAUAGGAGGUACAGGCCAGUGUCAGGAGGCCGAAAUACCUGUCAUCCAUUACUCAGUGCUCGUGCCCAUAGCUGCGUGGUGUGGAUUUGGCUGAAUGUGAGGGUUCCGUUUGCACCCGCUGCGCUGCAAGUGCGGAUGUCUAGCUCUGAAAAUGUGCCUUUAGUCUAGGCAGCCUCUCCCACCCCCUGCAUGACAAUGGGCCUGACUGCCCAUUCCUUGGCCACAGAGCAUGCUCCAUCCAGGCCUGCUGUGUGUAGGUGGGGGCUUCAGCUACUGGCUGUGCUCUCCUACGCUGGGGCUUAGCAGCAGGCUCCAGUGCAGAAGCUAUUAGGCCUAAUCAGAGCAAGAGGAGUGGGUUAGAAGCUGAGAAAGGGGCAGCUGUGGGGUUCCCCUGCAUUUGCUGCCUCCCUCUGUUGUCCUAGAGGGGUGCGUUGUGCUGGCUUUUUGUCCUCAUCCUCUCCAUGGACAGGGGAGGGAUGGGGCAGGACCAGGCUCUAAGGAGACUGGAGAGUGACAGCCUUGGGCCUGCUGUGGCAGUCCCUGCCUGAGAUGCUGCCCCCUUCUGUGUCGUGGCACUGCAGUCCUUGCCUGUGGCAUGUAUGCAGGGCCUCGGCCCUGUCCCUCUGGAGGACUGCAGUCAGUUUAGCUAGUAGCGAAAAGUUCCCUUUUUCUCCCUCGGCUUCCUGGAGUCUCUCGGAGCCCUACUCCUCCUGCCUGAUGCUGGCGUGACAGAGAGACUAUCUUGGGUAACUGGCUAGUGCACGAGACAGUUCAUGCUACGCUAAGCUCCACCGCUGCCAAGCGUGGGCUUUGCCACAGUCUUUCCCUUUCCUCCCUGGGUCAUCUCGCUCCUGUUCAACAGCUUCUUCUGCAACAGCGUAAACUCCUUGGAGUUGUGGUUUUUAUUAUUCUUAGCAGGCAAAAUAUAUCGUACACCUGGCACCAGCUCAUCUACUGCCCCCUAUUCUGCCCUGUCUGCCAUCCCAGCACCAGCUAUCCUGCCCUAUGUGCUAUCCUCCUGCCCCUCUGGUGCAGUACCAGCUGUUCUACAGUCGUCCGUUCUCCUAGCUCCCUCCCAUGCGACCAGUGCAUCUACUGUGCAUAAUCUUUCAUAUCUACCCUGGUGCCAGCCUAAUAUCCACUAUCCUGCCCAGUGUGCCAUCCUGCCAGCUCAUGCUGCCACCUACCAUCCUACCCUGCCUUCCAGCCUACUCAUCAUCCUGGCAUUGGCCUGGCUUUGCCCCCUGCCUGCUGGGUUUUAUAAAAACAAAACCAAUCUCCUUGUUUUUAUUUAUAAACAUAGUUUUAUUGGAA